AGCUGAGAUGACUUGAGGUUGGUAUAUAGGCAGCGUGGAGGCUUGUAGUGGGCUCUCUUAUAGGGAAUACCGCCCGCUUUGCUCCCGCCAGCUCCGAUCAAUCUAGUACUCGUGUCUUGUUGAAUCGAAAUAUUCAAGUAUCACUGUAGAACCUUUUCGAUUCCAUUACAAUGCCUUCGCCAGUAUGGAUCCAAAAGCUUCUGCCUUUCCCGCGGUUGUUAUGGCCGUCGCUUCUGCUUGGGAUGGGCAUCUAUCACUUCGUUAUGACUAUCCUGGAAGCACUGUUCCUUGACCGACAGCCAGCCAAAGUCUUCAACCUCACCUACGUACGAUACAAAGCCUUCGCCCGUAUGUGGAAGAAGAAUGGCGCCGCCAUGUCUCAGGAGAUGCCUGGUCCUCUUGACGCCCUUGUCGGUAAAUGCCGUGGCUUAAUUCUCGAUGUCGGGCCAGGGUCAGGGGAGCUACUGAAGCGGUUCAAUCCGGAGGGCAUCACGGCCAUCUAUGGUGCUGAACCUGCUGGAGAUUUACACGAGGGCUUACUGAAGAAUGCGCGGACGGCUGGGUUUGGUGAAAAGUAUCACGCACUGCUGUGCGGGGGUGAGCCGGAGAGUUUGAUUCCUGCUUUGCAUAAGAGUGGACUUUUGGGUUCGAGCGGAGAGGGAGCAAUAGCUGAAGAUGGGGUAUUCGACGAGAUUUGUUGUCUCAGGGUACUGUGCGGGGUGCCUCGUCCAAGAGAAACGAUCAAAGGACUCUAUACGUUGUUGAAGCCUGGAGGAAGGAUGGUCAUAUGCGAGCAUGUCGUCAAUCCGUGGCGAACUGAGGGCAGCAUGGCGGCGAGAGUGAUGCAGUUUGUAUAUGCAGCCAUGGGCUGGUCUUUCUUUCUGGGCGGAUGCGAGAUGCAGCGGGACACGCGUGAGUAUCUGCAAGACGCUGGGGAGUGGGAGACGUUCCAAUUGCAGUACGUGCAGCCGAAGAAUGUGGUUCCAUACGUUGUAGGAGAGUUGAUAAAGAAGAGAUAAAAUGGGCCAUCACAAGGCCUAUGAACUUUGCCUAAGGUAG